AUGAAAACUCUCCGCAGGAUGCCCAAAUCCACCAACAUCCGCAUCGACUUCCUCGACGAGAUGACGAUCACUUCCAUCACGGCCAACACCUUCGACUCUCACAGCGAUGCUGACCCUGCUCUCAGCACGUCUCGACAAAAUUCGGCGAGUUGGAUGGCUACAGCGAUCGAUGCCACAAAGCUCGAAAGGCGAGACAGUCUCCUCGAAAUUGAUGACCAGGUAGCCGAUGAAGUCCUCGAAAUCGACGAAAUGGUGUCAUUUGGUGGUAGAGUCCCAUCCUCGCUCGACAAUGUCCUUCGCUACGCAGAGCAGGAAUGGUGUCUUCCUAGGCUUCACGGGUUCCCGUACAUCGAGCCGACAGCCGUGCCAGGACACUCAAGCUCGCCCAUCGCCUCAGCAAGCAGCAUGAACAGCUCGAUUCAGACCGAGAGUAAGUUCUCCGUCAGACGUCGCGGCAAAUUUCCGAGCCAGGCUACCACAUCAUCGUCCGCUGAGUACAGUGUUGACUCAAGUAGAUCAAGCAUUGCUACCUCGAACGGCCAGACGGAAUCGAUUCUCGCUGGGAGCUCCUCUUCGAGUCCCAGCUCUGGCAGAGAUGAAGGCGGUCUGAUCUGUGGCGGCCGAGGCGCGUUCGCUGCUCUCCGCAAGACUCUGUCUCGUCGGAAGCCAUCGAGACGCGGCAACACCACCGUCUACCCGAAGUCUUCAGGCCAUCACGAACACAUCACCAUUCCCACAGCACCUAAGCCUCGAGCAAUCUCAGCAACUCAUGCUUAUCUCCUCACCAACGAGUCCCGCCUGACCGCCCUCGAUCACGCCUGGGCAACAAUGGGCAUGCCCGACUUCCUCGUCUGGCUUCUCGAUGAGUUCGAGUUUGUUCGCCCUUCGCCCAGUGCCAUGAGCUGGCUGAACCGUGUUGAGAUUGGAGACACUUCGCAGUUCAAUUGGCUUCAUUGGGAGCGUAGUGUUGAGCAACUUGUGGCUAGUCUGCGGGAUGAAGAUGUCUGGAUCGAGGGCGAUGAGUUUGGAGAUGUUGCGGAGUGUGUGAUCGAGACGUUGGAGGUGUGGUUGGUAGAGGGGUAA